AUAACUCGCAUCGAGUUUGUCCAUUCCAAGCGUCUCAUCUAUCGCGACGUGAAGCCAGAGAACUUCCUCAUCGGCCGGCAGGCGACGAAGCGCGAGCGGCUGCUGCAGGUCGUCGACUUUGGCCUCGCGAAGGAGUACAUCGACCCGGAGACGUGCAAGCACAUCCCCUACCGCGAGCACAAGAGCCUCACGGGCACCGCGCGCUACAUGAGCAUCAACACACAUCUAGGAAAAGAGCAGAGUAGAAGAGAUGACUUGGAGGCACUAGGGCACAUGUUCAUUUAUUUCCUGCGUGGAAGCUUGCCCUGGCAGGGCCUAAAGGCCGACACACUGAAAGAGCGCUACCAGAAGAUAGGCGAUACAAAGCGAGCCACUCCCAUCGAAGACCUAUGUGAAUCCUACCCAGCCACGUGGCACAGCGUGGGGCGAGUCUGACAUGCAACAGAACCAUCUUGGCGCCAACUUGUUGACAGUGAAUCAGCAGCUUGCUGGAUCCACGCAGGUGAUGAGCUCGGCUAACGGUGAGCUGAAUGCUAAUGAGCCGUCGGUCGCGCAGUCUCAAGUGCCGAUCACAAAACAGACUGAGAUAGAGGUCGUCGACGAGACCAAGUGCUGCUGCUUCUUCAAGCGACGGAAGAAGAAGUCACUUACCAAGCAGAAGUGAUAUAGGAAGACACGCACAGAGGCUGCAUCACCACGGUAACACCGUCAAGCACUCCACAUCAACGUGGCACCCCGGCUACAUCCUGUGAAGUACCGGCUAGCUUCAUCAGUGGUCGGCGUCUGCGUGAGACGGUGGCGAUGUCGCUCUGGUAACGUCUCCAGCAUUGCUAGAAGCCUCGUGUGGUUUCGCCAGAAUUAUGCGAGCGCGUCUGUGCGUGUCAUCUCUCGAACGUUAGGAAAUCACAUCGCCUGUUGUCGGACGGCGCCCCGACGUGGACGAUAUCGGUCGUGCAGCCAGUGCUGUGGCUGUGCAGUGGUUCGUACUGACGCAGCCACACUCACGGUUCUCGUAGCAUCCCCCCAGUGUGUGUUACCACGACUACCGGCAAGUCACUAUAGCGUCGUAGGGUGCCAUCUGUGUGUCUCUAGUUCCACAUGCACGUCCUUCCAUCUCUCUAUCCCUGGCACGCAUACACAUAGAUAGUGCUACGCUUGCCCUCUUGUCGACUUCGUCCCAACAUGUGAGGAAAAUCGCAUCUGUGGCACUGCGCUGUCGUUGGAUAGGCUAUCUCACGCAAUGGCACAUGCGAUAAGAUAGUGUCACAACAACACACCUGUCCAUCUGGCAUGAUUGACAUGCAGCUCUAGCCAGCCAGUGUCAAGACAGGAUGUGAUUAAAAGGCUGAGCAUUAUUAAAUGCUUGGCGACAAAGUGCCGCAAAUUGACAAUUUGGCGCGCGCGCACACGUGAAACGUGGUGGUUACGUAUGGAAUGCUAGUCCUGAGAUUGAUGCAACUGGCAACAGCAUUCAAUGCAUGUGUGAUUAUCUCAAGUUGACAUAGGAUAUAUCGUUUAACAAUUAUCCUUCACAAUAAAAGUGUGUCUCAGCGUGUGUGCGUUCGUACGUGCGUUGCGUGCGUGCGUGAGAACGUGCGUGCGUGCGUGCGUGCGUGUGUGAGUACGUGCGUGCGUGCGUGCGUGCGUGCGUGCGUGCGUGCGUGCGUGCGUGACUACGUGCCUGUUUAUUUGAGGGUGGUUACGUUCUUCACUUGAUGUUAUUCUCGCUGUGGUCACUAAAAUGAGAGCUGGGGUAUGAUCAUGGCUACACCGGGCCAGGGUGGUGUUGGGUAGCACAGCGAGGCGUGAAGCAGGUACAGGCGUGAAUAUGUGGAGUGGCUGAGGUGCGUGUAGAUACGCAUGUUGAAAUGUUGAAAGGUGCUAAGUGCUUACUUUUGCUGCUAAGUGCGGUGCGAGUUGUGUCGACAUAUCUGAAUAACUGCAUUGGCUCUGGUCGCUGUUACGUCUAGUAUUUUUGAUGUUUUUGUCGCUUUAGGGUGGGGAGAGCAGAGCUAUGGCUCAGUGCAGGCCACUGUGCUCAUGUAGAGCAUUCACGUCUGAGAAUAGUUGCUACUAGAUACUACUAUAUGUCCCAUCAGUACACAGCAAUAGUAUGAAGUAGUUGUUUUUAGUUGAUGCUAAUGGAAUGCUGUGUGGGAUAUAUUUGCCUUGUCAACUGGUGGGUGUAGGCAAAUUGGGAUUAAUUUUGGCAAUGGAUGCGCUGUCCCGUAUUAUUAAUGAGACAAACUGCUUGAUUUGCUUAGAGACUCCUUCGGUGCAGAAAUUGUAUUUUUCAUUGUUAUGUAAUAAUUGACCUGUCAGUCUGGAGUGAUUGACAGGGAGCUAAUGGCAAUCGUUUUUAUGCCAGGACAAUCUAAAAGACAAUGCUAGGCAACGAAGUGACGUAAAGUCGACAGUUUGGUGUGCGCCCAUGAAAAUCGAGAACAAACUGGUCUAGCUUAACUUACCUAGCAAAAAUAUCUGGGAGAUGCGUGGUUAUUUCUCUUAGGCGAAUAGUGCAGUUUGGAUGCGGUUUGCAAUCACCUGUUUUUCCCACACGCCAACCAGACAUCUUUCUGCGAUAAACAUUAGUGGUCUGUAACACACAACCCUACCUGACUUAACUAAGACGAAGAUGAGCAUAACAUAGGUCAUCGCUCGGCAAGAGCUCUAAUAUUUUACAUACACUUUUCUACGCUACUUGUAGAUAUGUAAGCUUGAACCCCACCUCGCAACUAUUAACUAGCAAGUAACUCCUGGUUGCCCCUCUUACUUGCAGGUGCAAAGGUCUUUCAAUAAAGGUUGAUGAUAAAGGUCUCUCUCUCUCUCUCUUUCUCUCUCUUCGUGCUCCCUUCCCUCUCACUCCUUGCCUCUCUCUAUCGCUCUUCUUUCUUUUCCUUUUUCCUCUCUUACUCCCUCUCUCUCCAUAAGAAACAAACGUCCGUUAAACGUCUUACUAUCUAUCAAUAGAGAUGUGGGUAGUGGUGUUUUGACCCUGCAGAGUAAACGUACGAUCACGGGUGUUGUAAAUAAGACCAAUAUCGUACAAUUCGCUGGUAAAAGAUUCAAGAUUCUAUAUUCAAGUACAGGAUAGUCCCAUAUGGUCUAUGUUUGUGUGUGUCUUUUAAUCCCAUUAUCUCUUAUGUGUCAUCUGACAGAAUCCCGUAAACUAUUAUCUAUAC